AAUUGCUGGUUCACGUCAACCGUGUACCGUUACCCGGGCCAAGCUGUCAUCUACAGCCUGCUGUCUCUAUCGGAGAACCUUGUUUUCCCAAUCGUAGUCGCGGGUGCGUGGUUACACCUUCAGCAGUCUAGACGUACAAGAAACUGGCUUUUCUUUUUGAAGUGGAGAACCAGCUUUAUCGAGUCAUUUUCUUAACACAUUUAAGAUGAAGUCGGAUAGAGGUUGGAUGUUGCACUUUCUCCUCUUCUCCUUCCUGGCUGUGGCAUUAGUGGUAGGCCAGGAGGCUGAUAUUUCAGAUGUGGAUGAAGAUAUGGGCUUGGAUGAUGAAGAGUUAAAGCUUUUAAUGGCAGAAGAUCAAGAUGAAGAAGAGGAGGCAACAGUAAUAGAUGAAGAGCUGCCUGACGAGACAGAAAGCAUGGACACAGCGAGUGGGAAGACUACAUUGGAUGAAAAUGUUUCAUUCCAGGUUACCUACAAGACACCUGUUCCCACUGGAGACGUUUACUUUGCAGACACAUUUGAUGAUGGAUCACUGGGCAGAUGGCAAUUGUCAAAAACAGUGAAGGGGGACGCAGAUGAUGACAUUGCCAAAUAUGACGGCAAGUGGGCUGUGGAGCAGCUAAAGGAGAACAAGGUUCCAGGAGAUCAGGGCCUGGUGCUCAAGUCUCGUGCCAAACACCACGCUAUUGCUGCAAUGCUGGACAAACCCUUUGUGUUUCAGGAUGAACCUCUCGUUGUACAGUAUGAGGUGAAUUUCCAGGAUGGUAUUGACUGUGGUGGCGCAUACAUCAAACUGCUUUCAGACACUGAAGAUCUACAUCUGGAGCAGUUCCAUGACCGUACACCGUACACCAUCAUGUUUGGUCCAGACAAGUGUGGCGAGGACUACAAACUGCACUUCAUUUUCCGCCACAAGAAUCCUCUGAACAAUGAUGUGGAAGAGAAGCACGCCAAGCGGGCUGACGUUGACCUUAAAAAGUUCUACACCGAUAAGAAGACUCACCUUUACACUCUGGUCCUAAACCCAGACAACAGCUACGAGUUGUUUAUCGACCAGUCCAGUGUGAGCCGUGGCAACCUGCUUCAUGACAUGGUGCCUCCUGUGAACCCCCCCAAAGACAUUGAUGACCCGAAUGAUUCUAAGCCCAAUGACUGGGAUGAGAGGGCCAAGAUUCCUGACCCUGAGGCUGAGAAGCCUGAUGACUGGGACGAGGACGCACCUGCUAAGAUUGAAGACCCAGACGCUGUAAAGCCUGAGGGCUGGCUGGAUGAUGAAUCAGAGUUUGUCCCUGACCCAAACGCAGAGAAACCAGAAGACUGGGAUGAGGAGAUGGAUGGAGAAUGGGAAGCCCCCCAGAUUCCUAACCCAGCCUGUGAGACAGCCCCAGGUUGCGGUAAAUGGCAGCGCCCCAUGGUCAAUAACCCUAAAUACAAAGGCAAGUGGAAAGCCCCUCUGGUGGAAAAUCCCAGCUAUCAGGGAGUCUGGAAGCCACGUAAGAUCGAUAACCCAGACUUUUUUGAGGACCUGCAGCCAUUUAGGAUGACAGCCUUCAAGGCCCUGGGAUUGGAACUGUGGUCCAUGACUCCAGAUAUUUACUUUGACAACUUCAUUAUCACCUCCCGCAAGGAGGUAGCUGAUCGCUGGGCAUCUGACAGCUGGGGGCUGAAAAAACUAGUGGCUAGUGCUAACGAGCCAGGAAUAUUUGCUCAGCUGAUGAUGGCAGCAGAAGAGCGUCCGUGGCUGUGGGUGAUUUACAUCCUGACAGUAGGCCUGCCUGUAGGAUUGGUUGUGCUCUUCUGCUGGCCAAAGAAACCAGAAGAUGACUAUGUGUACAAGAAGGUGGAUGUGCCCCAGGCUGAGGUAGAAGAGGAGGAGGAAGAGGAGGAGGAAGAUGAGGCAGCCGCAGCAGAUGAGGACGACAAAGCAGCUGAGGCCACAGAAGGAGUCCCAGCUACAGCAGCUGAAGAAGAAGCAGAGGAGGAAGAGGAAGAUGAGGAGGAGGAUCUUGCCAAUGCACAAGGGGAGAAUCUUGAGGCAACUGAUGAUGAAGAAGAAAAUGAAGGAGAAGAAGAAAGCAAAGCUCCUGAGAGAACAUUAGAUGAUGAGAUGGAGGAAGAAGAUGCCAAAGAAAACUACAAACAGGCCGUGAGAAAGAGAAGGGUACGGAAAGACUGAAGAGGUGACACUCUCAUACACACCUUCUCCGUCUUCUCCUUUCUCCCCUGACGGGAAAGAGGUGGAAAGUUAGCGUCUGCUGCUCUUCCAUCUCUGAGCUGAGAAGCAUGUACUUCCUCCAAACCACCUGGUAGCCUGCCCUCACCCUGGCUGCCCCAUCCACGUCUCCUCCAUCCUUUGGCUACACCCAUUACAGGUCUGCAGUUUCUACAGCCACGUCCUGGAUCAUCCCCCGUCUCGUCUUUCUCCCUUCCUGUCUGCUCAUUCAAAUAUUUGAUGUGGAGACUUUGUGUUUAGCUGUUGUCCCUCCUACAUCCUAAUGUCCCAUGCUGUCUACACCUUUGUCACUAUUGCUGUCUAACUGCCUGUCAUCGGCCUAAAAAGCCCAUCUCUUCCACCUCGCUUCCUGUUCAGCCUGUGUCUACUGUCAGUCACCUUUUUAUGAUAUAUAUAUAUAUAUAUAUA